UGUGUCCCAGACCCUCCUCCACUUUUAGUCCAAUCCCGUUCGUAUCCCCCGUUGGCUUCUUCCAAACUCCAAUUAUUGUCUUCCUUCGAGAUCUCCGAUCAGGUUAGCUGCUCUCUUUAAGCCCUUACAAAGGCCAAAAAAAAAAAAAACCGUUUCUGCAAGCACCGCAAAAUCCUAUGGUAUUUUGGUGAAGUUUAAUGAGGUAAAUUUGUCAAAGCAUAGGCAUUGCAGCAGGAUAUCAAAGCUAGAUUGAAAGUAAAUGGGAACUGAAAAUCCUAACCGUGCAAAUUUUUCUCAGAGACCAUCCACCACACCAUUUUCUGCUUCUCAAAAUGCUUCACCUUUUUCAUCAUCUAGCCAAGUAGCUGGAGCAGUAGCCUCUUCUUUUCGCCCUUAUAAUCCUCUUCCCUCUUCCCAGAUCCCACCUUCCUUCUCUUCCGGGCCACUGGCUGGACCAGAGGCCUCUGGUUUUAGGUCUGUGCACCAGGUCAGAUUGAGUGAUCCAGCAGGACCACCUCCUGCACCAUCCUAUGGCCCAUCACAGACCAGACCUUCUCAGCGUCUCCCAAGCCCACAGUUUUCCUCACCUGCGCAAGUGCCUCCUCUUUGGACUUCAACUGGGGAGCGGCCAGUAGUUGCUCCAUCAGUAAGACCUUCCGCUGGCCCUUUCUCAUCUACUCCAGUUUCCUUUCAAAUGCAGCCACAACCUCCCACAAUCCCUUUGGGAUCUCCGCCUAAAAGCAUGAAUACUGUUCAACGAGGCAUGAAUGUUCCUCAAUCAUCUAUGGAUUCACCUUUUGCUGCUGUGAGCACAAACUUACAGCCAUCAUCACCACCUAUGAGGGCACCGUUUCCUGCUGCCAGAGGUACCUUGCAGUCAGCUUUUCCUGGGUACCCCAGUCAGCAGUAUAAUGCAGUUCCACAAACUCCACCUGUGAACUCUGUUGCCUUUCCACCUCAGCAGGGUGGUUCUGUUGCACCUCCGCCAGCAGUAUCAAGGCCUUAUAUUGGUCAACAAGGAAGUUAUGUGCAGUCUCCAUCAAUUUCAGCUCCAUUAGGGAUGUAUUCACAGGACCGCAUGCAACAUCCAGCCUCUCUGCCACAUCUAGGCACUGCACAAGGCCUGGUGGAGGACUUCAGUUCCCUCUCUCUUGGGUCCGUUCCUGGAUCACUGGAUGGAGGAAUUGAUUCUAAAGCAUUACCAAGGCCAUUGGAUGGGGAUGUGGAGCCAAAAUCUUUUGCUGAGAUGUAUCCUGGGAACUGUAGUUCUAGAUAUCUGCGACUGAGUACAUGUGCGAUGCCAAAUUCUCAGUCCUUGGCUUCAAGGUGGCAUUUGCCUCUGGGAGCAGUUGUUUGCCCUCUUGCAGAAGCUCCAGAAAGCGAGGAAGUUCCUAUAGUUAAUUUUUUGACAACUGGCAUCAUUCGUUGUAGAAGGUGUCGUACGUAUGUUAAUCCAUAUGUCACAUUUACUGACCAUGGAAGAAAGUGGAGGUGCAACUUAUGUUCAUUGCUUAAUGAUGUUCCUGGUGAAUAUUAUGCCCACUUGGAUGCUAGUGGCAGGAGAAUUGACUUGGAUCAACGGCCUGAGCUUACUAAGGGUAGUGUUGAAUUUAUUGCUCCAGCUGAAUAUAUGGUCCGGCCACCAAUGCCACCACUGUACUUUUUUCUCAUUGAUGUUUCAGUUUGUGCUGUGAGAAGUGGAAUGCUGGAGGUUGUAGCACAAACUAUCAAGUCCUCUUUGGACACCUUGCCUGGGUUUCCCAGGACACAGAUUGGCUUCAUAACUUAUGAUAGCACAGUACAUUUUUAUAAUAUAAAGUCUUCUUUGACUCAGCCUCAGAUGAUGGUGGUCUCCGAUCUGGAUGACAUAUUUGUACCCUUGCCAGAUGAUCUUCUUGUUAACUUGUCUGAGUCAAGAACCGUUGUUGAUGCAUUUCUCGACAGCUUGCCCUCCAUGUUUCAGGAGAACAUGAAUGUGGAGUCUGCUUUUGGUCCAGCUCUCAAAGCGGCUUUCAUGGUUAUGAGUCAACUUGGUGGCAAAUUGUUGAUUUUUCAAAACACAUUGCCAUCGCUAGGUGCUGGCCGCCUGAGGCUUCGUGGAGAUGAUGCACGUGUUUAUGGGACCGAGAAAGAGCAUACAUUAAGAGUUCCAGAAGAUCCAUUUUAUAAACAGAUGGCUGCUGAUUUCUCCAAAUUCCAGAUAGCAGUUAAUAUAUAUGCAUUCAGCGAUAAGUAUACUGACAUAGCCACCUUAGGAACUCUGGCAAAAUAUACUGGUGGGCAGGUAUACUACUAUCCAAAUUUUGUUGCUUCUGUUCACAAAGAUAAACUAAGACAUGAGUUAGGUAGAGAUCUUACAAGAGAGACUGCAUGGGAAGCUGUUAUGCGUAUACGAUGUGGGAGAGGUGUGCGUUUUACUUCUUACCAUGGGAACUUUAUGUUGCGAUCUACUGAUCUUAUGGCACUUCCAGCUGUUGACUGUGAUAAGGCAUAUGCAAUGCAGUUAUGCCUUGAAGAAACACUGCUGACAACGGAUAGGGUGUAUUUCCAAGUUGCUUUAUUGUAUACAUCAUCUUCUGGAGAAAGGCGUAUUAGGGUACACAAUGCUGCAGCUCCAGUUGUUGCUGAUCUAGGAGAAUUGUAUCGCCAGGCUGAUAUUGGUGCCAUAGUAUCUUUGCUUUCAAGGCUUGCAAUUGAGAAAUCACUGUCCUACAAAUUGGACGAAGCUCGAACUUCUGUUCAAUUUAGGAUUGUCAAGGCCCUUAGAGAAUAUAGAAACCUUCAUGCUGUCCAGCACCGCUUGGGAGGCAGGAUGAUAUACCCCGAAUCUUUGAAGUUAUUGGCUCUAUAUGGUUUAGCAUUGUGUAAAUCAACACCUCUUCGUGGUGGAUAUCCUGACGUUCAGCUUGAUGAACGCUGUGCUGCUGGAUAUACAGUGAUGGCUUUGCCGGUUAAAAAAUUGUUGAAACUUUUGUAUCCAAAUCUGAUUCGGCUAGAUGAGUACCUCUUGAAGGCAUCUUUUGCCGAUGAAUCAGAGAAUGUUUGGAAGAGACUUCCACUUUCUGCAGAGAGCCUAGACUCAAGUGGAAUUUAUAUAUAUGAUGAUGGUUUUCGAUUUGUUUUAUGGUUUGGUAGAAUGCUAUCACCAGAUAUAGCUAGGAGUGUACUUGGUGAAGAUUAUGCCACCGACUAUUCAAAGGUUUGCCUUAUGGAGCGAGACAAUGAAAUAUCAAGAAGGUUGAUGAGGAUAAUUAAGAAGUACAGGGAAAGUGACCCAUCAUAUUAUCAACUCUGUCACCUUGUAUGGCAAGGUGAACAACCAAGAGAAGGCUUCUACCUGCUUGCUAAUCUAGUUGAGGACCAGGUUGGGGGUACAAAUAGCUAUGCUGAUUGGAUGUUGCAAUUAUAUCGGCAAGUUCAACAAACUGCAUAAUUUACAGGGGCUCUUAUUCAUCCCUAUGAGUUUUCCAGAUCCAGAAAUGGUUAAGGUCCAUCUGUUUACUUGGGACAAAAAUCAGCUGCCUGUUAUGUAUUAGAUCAUUGAGUUCGUAAGGAUGAUUGUGAGCAACUAAUUUGUUGUGCUAAUCAGAGCUGUAUCUUCACCUGCAUAUUUUUCAUGUUCAUUAUCAAGGUAUUCUUCAUUUCUCUCACCAUGUGCUCAUUGCUUGAAAGAUAAAAGAUCUCUCGGGUGGAGUAUUUCUUUCUUGUUACUGGGGAAUGAAGACAGUUUUGACACCAUGAUAUUACCUUUCUGGUUAUCCUUGAAUGGUGCUGGUGAAAAUGAGACCAGGCUUCCGGCCUAAAAUCUUAAAUCAUGUUACCUUUCUUUACUUUUUCUUGGGACCUUUUAGUUUCUAAUAAUAUAAUUGGUGUAGUUUGUUAGUUUAUUUUCCUCUUCAUUCUUUUGCCUGGAGAAGGCAACUAGUAUGUGAGGACAUUCUGUAUUUUUUUUUUGUUUGGGCCUUUAGUUUUGUAUUUUAUUGUAGAUGCUCAAUGCGGAUAUUGUAUACACCACUUUUGCAUCCUGGAAAGGGCGUGAUCCCCGUUCCAACUUUGCAGUUUUGAUUAGCUAAACCUGUUUUUUGAGUGUUAAUGAGAACUUAUUUUUUGAA